AUGGAUGCCGUUCGAGCGUGGCUCGGUGGGGUCACGGGGGCGUCGACGAACCCGUUGGCGUCGAAAGACUUGUCGCUGGAGGAUUUCGUGAAUUUGCUCGAGCGCGCGGAGACGGAGCGUGGCGCGCCGUCGAGCGAAGAAACGUCGGCACCGAGGGCGCACGCGGCGGAGAUAUCGUUUCCCAUCGCGGAAGCGAAGGAAAUAGUGCGAAAGAUGCGCGACGACGAGAGAGUGGACCCGGGCGGGACGCCGCUGGCGCGCAGGAGAGAGCUCGGCGACCGCGCGCGGGUGGAUGAGUUGUUCAAGACGCACGCUUUGGCGAGGGCGAUCGCUCGGAGAUGCGCGGAGAUGGGAAGGGUGCCGACGUCGCCGGAGGAGUUGGCGGAGGCGUUGAAGGCUGGGGACGAUGGGAUGUCGAAGGAGGAGCGCGCGAGAGAGGCGCGAGCGAUGCGCGGGGCGUUUCCGUCUAAUCGACCGUGUCCUUGCGGGUCGAUGAAAAAGUUCAAACGAUGCUGUGGCGCGGAUUAA